AUGUUUUCCUCUCACAGACUUGUACUCCUGGCUGCUUUGCCUGUCAUCCUACUACUCCUUCACCAGGGAUAUAUACGUUUCUCAAUACAGAGCCCACUUCUGUCAUGGCUCCCGGACACUGUACUGGAUGCUGUCAUUGCUCGACCAACCGUCCAACUCCGCCAAGGUAUCGUGGUGGGAACGAGAUUGUCCGACUCUCUGCGACAACCAGUUGAUGCAUUCCGAGGAAUUCCUUAUGCUCUCCCUCCGACUGGCGAUAGGAGAUUCCGCAGGGCAGUCGCUGUGGGCUCCUCGAACGACACCAUUGACGCGAGUCGAUGCCCCGGUAAACAACUAUUGAAAGUUCCUGGUGAUGCCACCAUUUCGGAGGACUGCUUGACGGUGAACGUGUUUCGUCCUCAUGGCGCAAAAGGCAGAUUACCCGUCGCGGUGUACGUGCAUGGCGGUGCUUAUAACCGUGGCACGGCUUCAAUGCAUAACACCGCAUCAAUGGUGGGAUGGUCAGAGAAACCAUUCGUUGCAGUGAGUUUCAACUAUCGUAUCGGCGCGCUGGGAUUCCUUCCUUCGACUAUGUCAGCACAGGAGGGCAUACUCAAUCUCGGGCUGCAUGACCAGAUCCUUGCCUUCAAAUGGGUCCAGGAUAAUAUCGAAGCGUUUGGAGGGGACCCCUCGCAAGUGACACUCAUCGGCCUGUCCGCAGGAGCACACUCGAUCGCACACCAUAUCAUGAACUAUGACCUUGGCACCUCCCUGUUCCAUCGAGCCGUCAUCGAGUCAGGCGCGGCAACCUCGCGCGCCGUGCACCCAUACAACGCCCAACUACACGAAACCCAAUUCCAAGAAUUCCUCACAGAGGCUGGCUGUAGCGACAGACCGCAGUCCGACAUAAUCAACUGCCUGCGCAGUCAACCAUCCCCAACCGUCAUCAACGCCUCCUUCACCAUCUUCAACCGAUACAACCCCUCCGUCCGCUGGGCCUUCCAACCCGUCAUCGACGGCGCCCUCAUCAAGCGCCGCCCAAUCGACGCCUGGCACUCAGGGAAAUGGAACAAAAUGCCCAUCCUGACGGGCUUCAACACAAACGAAGGAACAUACUACGUCCCGUCCGCGAUGUCGCAGUCCUCCCAAUUCACAAGCUUCUUCCGCACCUUGCUCCCCGCCUACUCGGACGAGGAUAUCAAAACCAUCGACGACCUCUACCCAGACCCCGCGGUGUAUCCGUCCUCACCAUAUCUCGAAACUAGAAGCAUACCCGUCGGUCCGCAGUAUAAGCGCGUCGAAGCCGCAUAUGGUCAUUACGCGUAUGCCUGCCCGGUGCGGCAGACGGCGACUCUCGCCUCGGCGGGGCAGGAGGAGCCCGUGUUUCUGUAUCGCUGGGCGCUGAACAAGACGGUUCAGGGGGGCGCGAAUCAUGGUGAUCAGAUGGCGUAUGAGACGUUUAAUCCGGAGGUGCGAGGCAUUUCGAGGAGUCAGGAGGAGAUUGCGGGGACGUUUCAUGCGUACAUCACUUCGUUUAUUGUGACUGGGGAUCCGAACGCGUUGGGGGGACGGUAUGAGAAUCGCACGGUGUGGAAGCCUUACGAUGCCUCAUUGCCAUCUAGACGCAAAAUCAUGGUCUUUGAAGAAGGGAAUGAUGAGCGUGCUGGUGGAAGUGGCAAGGGUGUCGCGGCGCAGUUGGUGGAGGAUGAAUGGAGUCGAAGAGAGUGUGGCUUUUGGUGGGCCAAGGCCGGUAUAUCAGACUUGAGAUAA